AUGGAACCGAGCAGAUGCCAGCAGGACGUGCGGGACCCAGUUCCCAGGGUGGACGCGUACGGGUUCGAGCGGCCCGAGGACUUUGACUACGCCGCCUACGAGCAGUUCUCCGCCUCCUACCUCGUGGUUCUCGCAAGGAGAGCGGCCAAGUGGUCUCGGCUGCUGCGGGGCGGUCGCGCGGUUCGAAGGAGCGGCACAGUGAAGCGCUACGUCAGGAAGGGGGUCCCUCUGCAGCACCGUGCCCAUGUCUGGAUGGCCGUGAGCGGAGCCCAGGCCCAGAUGGACCAGAACCCUGGCUACUACCAGAGCCUCCUGCAGGGAGCCGGGAGUCCAGAGCUGGAGGAGGCCAUCAGGACAGAUCUGAAUCGGACCUUCCCAGACAAUGUGAGAUUUCGGAAGACAGCAGAGCCCUGCCUGCAGCAGAGCCUGUACCACGUGCUGCGGGCAUAUGGAGCGCACAACCCAGGGGUGGGGUACUGCCAGGGCAUGAACUUCAUUGCGGGGUACCUGAUUCUCAUCACCAAGAACGAGGAAGAAUCCUUCUGGCUGCUGGAUGCGCUGGUUGGAAGAAUACUGCCUGAUUACUACGGCCCCCAGAUGCUGGGCCUCCAGACUGACCAGCAGGUGCUGGCAGAGCUGGUCCGGAGGAAGCUGCCAGCCGUGGCCGCCCUGCUGGAUGGGCACGGAGUGUUGUGGACGCUGGUGGCAUCCCGCUGGUUCAUCUGUCUCUUUGUGGACGUCCUGCCCGUGGAGACCGUGCUGCGUGUCUGGGACUGCCUUUUCAACGAGGGCUCCAAGGUCCUCUUCCGCGUAGCCCUGACACUCAUCAAACAGCACCAGACACUGAUUCUGCAGGCGGCCAGUGCGCCCGACGUGUGUGACAAGUUCCAGCAGAUGACACGUGGCCCCUUUGUGACCGAGUGCCACACCUUUAUGCAGAAGGUGUUCUCCGAGCCGGGCAGCUUGCCCAUGGCAACCAUCACCAAGCUCCGGGAGACGUGCAGAGCCACGCUGCUGGCACAGGGCUGA